GCUUAUUGGAGAAUUGUACCAGUAAUCAAUUUUCUCACAUCAUUUUGCUGCAAAUCCAGUGUUUUCUUUUACCAGAUUAAAAAAAGAAUGUCCCUCUAUGUGACAAGAGAGAACUCAAAUGAGGAAGCCUUUCCCCCUCUAUCCCCCACGCCGCUGUACCAUGGAUACCUUUUCCAUUCGCAGAACCUCCCCAGCCAGGUCCCUGCCUUUUUCCACUAUCAGCCUUAUCAAUACUGGAGCCCUUCAUCACCAACCCAUCAUACCCACCUGCGGGCAAUGGACAUGUACUACCAGAGCCCACAACAAGCCUCUGCCCCCUGGGAACAGCAAAGUCUUAGCUAUACUGGCUAUACACCAUCCUCUCAUACUGAGCAACAGUAUGGGAACUUCUACAAUUAUCCCUUGUCCCAUGGAGAUCACUACCAAACCAUGCAGUAUCGGGGGGCUCUAUGGUCGCCACCACCGAUAAAGGUACCACAAACCCCCACCUAUGACAAGCGGGUGUUGGAACAGCUAGGUCCUGUGUGUCCUCUGAUGGUAGCCAUGAUGGUGGCAGGUAUACCAGUGGUCCCUGUGGUUGGGAUAGGCUUGGGCAGUGUGCGGUUAACAGCCCAACGGUUCAUGGAAAGGAACCCGAGGAUGGAUGUGCUUUGGAAGGAGGAGAUAGAAGAUAUUCUGGCAUCAUUCGACAGUUCUGAGGAGGAGAGAUACUGGAGUGAAGGAUCAUUCCUAGCACAGCUGUACAGCAGUCCUAUUCCUCUUGGCCAGUUUGGCCACUUUGUCUGUUAGGGCUAGGAGAGGCUUGUACAAUAAAACAUCUUUAGUACAAUAUUGAGCUUUAUGUUGUGGAAAGUAGCCACCUUCCUCUGGAUGUUGAACAUUGCUUUUACUAAAUUGCACCGGUAUGUUUAUUAAUGUUUUCAA